CCGCCUUUCUCGACAGAUAUCACCCAACUCAGCUACGCCCUAAUCUAGGUUCGUUGAGGGAGGUUAUCGACACUCUUAGAUACGAUCAUGCCUGUAGCUGCCGUCCAGAAGACCAAGGCGAAUAUCACCCUUAAGGGGUCGACGGAGAUUGUUACGGAGUUCUUCAAAUAUGCUGUCAAUAGCAUCUUGUUCAAUCGAGGUGUAUAUCCUGCAGAUGACUUCAACAUGGUCAAGAAGUACGGACUCGUGGUUCUCGUGACAUCGGAUGAGGCAUUGUCGGCAUAUUUAGAGAAGAUCUUAACACAAGUACGAGAGUGGUUGAUGAAAGGCUCUAUUGCUCGGCUGGUCCUGGCAAUUGUGUCCAAAGAAUCCCGCGUAACCUUGGAACGAUGGCAGUUUGAUGUGGAUGUUACAGAGCAGUCGGAAGCUGACGGUCAUGGAACUGGCCCUCCUCCAAAGCCAGAGUCCGAGAUUAACGCCGAUAUACGCGCCAUCAUCAAACAAAUCGUUUCUUCCGUCACUUAUCUUCCCACUCUGUCCGAACCAUGUGCUUUCAACAUCCUGGCAUACACUUCGGCGGAUGCCCAGGUGCCCGAAGGAGAAUGGUUGGAUACUGAUCCCCAUGCCAUUGAAGCUGGAAAGGCCGAAGCCGUCAAGUUGCGAAGCUUCAGUACUAAUCAUCACAAGGUCGAGGCCAUGGUUGCAUAUAGGUACGAGGGUUGAAAGGUUGUACGGAUCAUCAAGUUCGCUGUCUGUUUACGAAGUGGUACUUUUCUAAAUAGAAACCAGCGACAAAACAGGACAUUCGCUCAUAGGGCGGUGCCUUGUGUUGUAUAUUCUCUUUAUUACAGCAAUUAUCCC